UUUGACUGCAUAAAUAUGACGCGCAAAUGGUCGAAAAAGGAAACGAAGUUGUUGCUGCACCUCUAUCUGAAGUACAAGCGAGAGUUCCGAGAGCGGCACAAAAAACGAGCAGAGAUCUGGCAGCAUGUUGUGAGAGAGUUUGAGCAGCAUGGCUUUAAGGCCAGCUACAUAAUGCUGGAUCGCAAGUUUCGCAACAUGAGCCGCACCUACUUCAACAUCAAGCGUCUGAGGAAAGACGAUGAUCCGAGCUGGGAGUACUUUGACGCCAUGGACGAGAUCUUCUCAGGUACGUUGCCCGAAACGCGUAACAUAACGAUUACAUACAAAGAGCCGCCCGAGGAGGAAGAGAGCCAGCAGGUCUUUGAGAUCAAAACAGAGGAGCCUGAAGUCAGCCCAUCUGAGAUACUGCUGGAUGAGCCCAACUUCGAGGAGUUGGUCUCUAGUCGCAUCAAAGAGGAGCAGCCAGAUAUCGAUAUGGAGAGCACGAGGAUAGUGCAAGCUCUGGAGGCUGAGCGCGUGGAGGAGCUGCGCGCCAUACGAAUCACCCUGGAGGAGGCGAAUGAAAUACAGCGACAACGGAACACCCUGCUGCAAGAGCGGAAUGAACUGAUGAGGCGCUACCUUGGCAAUAAAGUCAAACGUACUAAUCCGCAUCUAUUUAACUUAAUUAACUAG